AUGACACUUUUCAACAAUCUUCCCAUCAGAAACAGAGAUGAGGCUUAUGCGCAACAAGAUGCUUCACCAGUUGGCGAAGUCAACAUUGGCAAAAUUUUGAGGACUGCAUCAACGGCAAUGCUGGUCCGGCUCCAGUAUCCUUGGAGGGACAGCAAGCUGCUGGGACUUGAAGGCCCGGAGCGAUACUGUGAGGUGGGAGCCGCAGAUAAGAUAUUUUACCUCGACUCCUGUGAUGAAAUCGAGUGCCAGAUUGACGAGUACGGUUUUGCAGCAUGA